AUGCUCAACCGCCGUGGUCCGAUCGCUAAGCUUGUCGGUGGCGCCAUCGGCCUUACUAAGGAGUAUCAGGCAGAUCGUAAGGAAAGAAAAACGGGUGAAAGCACUGAGAUCGGCGCCGGAGAGCCUCCCCAUGGAUCAUCUGCCAGCAAUGAUCAUCGGAUGCCUGCACAGCAGCAUGGCGGACACCAAUCAUACUCUGUAAGGGAAGAAGAUUACUCUGAUGACGAGGAUUGGGCACUCAAUCUAGACGAAGUCCAACAACAACUUCCUGGCGGCAAUGCUCAAGAAUGCGAAGAAAACACCGAUAUUGACGCCCUCUUGCGAGACUUCAUACGACGUCAUCCGGUCUCCUAUGCUCAGAAGCCGUCACAAGGUCGAUUACCUCUGCCAGUAAUCCUGCCCCAGAGGCGACCUGAAUCUCGACAUCGGGGAUUUGUGAGGGCUUAUGCCCCUGUGCUGGAGGACUGCGAAAUCGAUCAAUCUGCCUGGCUCGAGUUUCUCGACGGAUUUGAGAAAAGCAUCAAUGCAAACCCAUUAUUUCAUGUCGCGAACGGUGCUGUGUUCGUUGCUGGCCAUGUCAGCAUGGCGGUUUCUGGUGUCAGCGUCCUUGCUUCUUUCGUCACCAUGGCCAUUCAUCUCAGUGUAGAGGCCUCUCGACGGACCUAUGUGCACUACCAGCAGAACAAAUACCUGGACACGAUGAACGAGCAGUUCUUCAAACCGCGAGGCUUGUACUGUCUCGUCAUCAAGUACAAGCCAGCGUCUGAUGAACUGAUGGAAGAAGUCGAUCUGGAACACAAUGUUGCCAAAACCAUUGAAAAACGAGAUGGGCAGAGCAAGUGGAAGCAUUUAGUCUCUGCCUCCUCUGCCACUACCAAGCACGACGCAGAGAUACCCGAGGCGGCACCACUCAUAUUCCCUCAGCUGGACAACAUGGAUGAGACCCAAAAGCAGAAUUCCGUGAAGAGAUUUGGAAACUUUAUGAAGGACUACCACGACCGACAGGCUGCGGCCAAGUUCGAAACACAGAACCCCGAUUCCAAGAUCCCCAACGUCCCGAGGAAAGAGUUCGCAUCGAAGUACAGCGAUCCAAACCACCCAGCCAGUACCGGAGGGCUUAUAUCUAUCGCAUCAGGAGGCAAGUACAACCCGGUUGGUCCGCUGGGGAGGAUCAAGCAGAGACGGGCCGAUCAACGGGAGGAGAUGGGGAUGGACCCGCCAGUCGACAGGAAGGAGAGGAAGAAAAAUCGGCCAAUGCAUCGCUUGCUGAAAGCAGACGCGCUUUAUCUGAUGGUUGUGAACAUGCCCACCCAAGAAGAGAUGGACCGCGUAAUGGCAGAGGUAAACAAAGCUUAG